AGCCAGACACAGAAGGACAAAUAUUAAUUGUCAAACUCAUAGAAGCAGAGGGUAGAAUGGUGGUUGCCAGAGGCUGAGCAGAGGGAGAAAUGGAGAGGUAUUAGUCAAAGGGUAUGAAGUUUCAGUUAUACAAGAUGAAUAAAUCCUAGGAAUCUGUAAGUGCCUAUAGUUAACAAUUCUGUAUUGCAAACUUAAAAUUUGCUAAGAGGGUGGAUCUCAUGUAAAAUGUUCUUAUCACCAAAAUGAUAAAUAAAUAAAUAAAUAGGACAGGAGGAAAUUUUAGAGGUUAUGGAUAUAUUUAUGGCAUAGAUUGUGGUGACAGUUUUCUGGCCAUAUAUGUGUGUGUAUGUGUGUAUGCACACACACUCAUUGAGUUAUAUAUAUAAAUAUGUACAGGUUUUUAGAUGUCAAUCGUACCUCAACAAAGUAGUUUUUUGUUUUAUUUAAAAAAAAAAAAAGAAGCAGCAGAAGAGGUCAUGGUGAGUUCACAGGUCUUUCUAGGACUCAGCCCCUUACUCUCUGAUACAGGAGAGGAGCAUCUGAGCAUUUUCUUUUCUGUUAGCAUAGAAAAUGUAAAUCUCAGUGCUGUGGGAGAUGUCCUAGGUCAGGAAAUGCCCUGGGUAAUUCACAGUAUAUAAUGCAGAGAAAAAAUCCUGGAUACAAGUCAAAUCCUGGCUCCAUGUGACUCUCAGUAUCCUUAUCUAUAAAAUGAAGAUGAUAAUAUCAGCCCUGCCUUUUUCGCUAAGUUUUUAUGGAGAUCCAGUGGGAGAUUGUAAUUAAAAGUUUUCUGUAACCAGCAAAAGCAGAUAAGGAGGCAUAAGCUCAGUUGAAACUGAUGCCUCACAUUUGGCAUAUGGGUAAGCAUCAGUUAGUCUCUGUGUUAUGAAAUUAGGGUGGAUAUUUUCAUGUUUGAAGGUGGGUGCAUGCCUACAAGAAUUUAUAUUUCUAAAUGUGAUUAUAAUGUUGCCCAGAGCGGUUUUUAGGAAAUCUAGACUUUAUUUACAUAUUAAUUUUCUAAGAAUUCAAAGGCAGGUAGUAGCAUAUUCUUCAAAACCUGUUGCAUGAACACCCGCUUAUGUUGCUAUGGUUCUCUGCAGUGGAUCAAAACUCUGGUUUUGAUGACUCCAAAUCAGUUGAGACAUGUAUUAUUUUCCAAUUGUAAUUUGGAAUAUAAUUGCAAAAGAAAGAUGGGAAAAGGAAAUUUAUAUAUUCAUUCAAAAGUGAUUCAUUGAGAUAUUUUAAUGAGCCAGACAUUUGCUUACCAUUGGGGUAAACUAGUGAACGAAACAGACCCUGUUAUUUUCUUCAUGCUACUUUACAUCCCCUGUGUUUUGUUUCUAAAUGUCUCAGGGUCCCUGGCACUCACCAUGACUCAUGGAUGGCAUCAUUACUGUAUUUGCUUUAAGAAUGGAGAGCAAAGUCAAGGUCAAAGUUAGGCUAUAAAAAAUGGAAAUGAGGGGUAAUAUCAUUGCUCUGUUGAUAAUUUACUGGGUAAAUUUGAACAAGUUACUGAACUGCUCUGAAUCUGUGUUUCUUUAUCUGUACUUUUGUUUAGUUCUUUCUGACUCCACACUCUAGCAUUCCAUAAUUGAAGUUGUAAGUUUGAGAUUCAGGAGGCUCUGAACCAAGUUACCUUUCUUUUUUCUGUACAUUUUCAUCAGUCUAUCUUAGUUCUUUUUUCAUGUAAUUCUGCCCACUCCUCUCCAUCUAAACUAUCAGCCUAGUCCACGCCACACCAUCUCAUCCUUGGACUUUUCUGCAGUAGCUAAUAACCGUUUGUUCCUCCUCCCCUCUUACUCCCUGCAGUCCAUUCGUCACAUAGCAACCAGUGUUAUCCACUUACAAUGGUAAGAUAAACCAGGUGCCUCUUCUGAUGAAAUCCCUGGAAGUAUUUCCUCUUAUUCUUAGAAUGAACAUUCAAUUCCUUAUUGUGGCCUAUAUGACCCCACAUGUUCAGGUUCCUACCUGUUGCUUCAGCCUCUUCAAUUCCACUGUCUUUCUUGUUCUUGCCAAUUAAGCUUCCUGGGAUUCUUUCAGAUGUUCACAUGCUGUUCCCUUUCUCCACUGAGUUCUUCCUUCACACAGUGCCCUCCAACUCUGCCCUUCACACCUUCAUUCUACAGCUCUCAGCUCAAAGUCAAUUCCUUAGGGAUUCCUUACUCCCUCCCUCCCUAAACACUGGCAGCUCAGGCUAAGUAAGAUCUCUGUUAAUAUAGCCUUCCAUAUUACCCUGUAGUUCUUUCUCUUGGUACUCAUUCCAAUAGCAAUUGUUAUCAAUUGUGUAAUUAUUCACUUAACUGCUUGGCUAAUUAACUAUUUAAUGUCUGUCCCCUUUUCUAGAAUGAAAUAUCCUGGGGGACAGGCAGCAUUUUAUUCACUUCUGUAUCUUUAGUGCCUAGAAAAGCCUCUGCACUUAGCAAGUGCUCAGUAAAUACUCAGUGAACGAAUGAAGGGAUAUAAUAAAUGGCUAACAUUUCAUUCUUUAUACCCACUAUGAAUUUAUUUUGUAUGGGAGAACACAUCAUGUAUGUCAAGGAGUUCUGAGGGAAACACUGACUUUUAUUUCUAUGCAGUUAUCAGCCUCUGUUUUUCCCAUGAGCUUCCUCUUUCCACCUCAUUUAGAAACAAAUAUCCAUCAAAGUUUGUGUGCUGGGCACUGUGUUGGGUGAGCAGGACUCAACUCUCUUUGAGCUCACAAUCUAGCAGGGAAUCAGCCAACAACUUGAAUAACAAUAAUGCAAGGUAGAAAGUGGUUAGUGUCAGAAAAGAGGCCAGAGAAACUGCUAUGGUGGUUUAGAAGUAAGAGAAAUUGCUUCAAACUGAGAGUAGCCAUCUGUAUCCAGAGGCAUAGUGUUCAAUUUAGGCUUUGAAGGAUAGUGGGGUUUGACUACUAGAGAUGGAUGGGAAAGGGCAAUGCAGAAUGGGUCUAUGGGCAAAUGAUUGUUCUCUCCCAUUUGUUACGAAUAAAGCCAGGUCUCUAAUUAAGAAGCAGGAGCUGUACCUUUUUAAAAUUAUUUUUAUUUUUCGUUUUCACUCUUAUAUAUAAUCAAAUUAAGUUUUUUGAUGUAUGAAGUCUAUGAAUUUUGACAAAUGCAUGCAACCAUGUAACAACCAACACAAUUAAGAUAUAGAAAAAUUCCCUUUAUCCCCCAACAUUUCUCUCAUGCUGCCACUGUGCAGUCAAUUCUUCCAAACCCCAGUCCCUAUCAAUCACCUAUCUGUUUUCUGUUCCUAUAAUUUUGUUUUCCAGAAUGUCAGAUAGAUGGAAUCAAACAGAACUGGAUUCUUUCACUUGCCAUAAUGCAUCUGAGAUGCAUGAACAUUGUUGUUGUAUGAGAAGUCCAUUUCUUGUUGCUGAGUAGUAUUCUAUUGUGUGGAUAUACCACAGUUUGUUUAUUCAUUCAUUAGUUGAAGGACAUUUGACUGCUUCAAGUUUGUGGCUAUUACAAUUAAGACUGCUAUAAACAUCUAUGUACAGGCUUUGUCUGAAUAUAAGUUUUCAUUUCUUAUAGGUAAAUGCCUAGGAUUGAUAUAGCUAGGGUAUAUGGAAAGUGCAUGUUUAACCUGAUAAAAAGCUCCCAAAUUGUUUUACAAAGUGGCUUUAUUUCAUUUUGCAUUUCCAUCAUUAAUAAAUGGAGAGCCCAUCUGCUGCACAUUUCACCAACACUUGAUAUUUUCCAAUUUUUAAAUGUUAGCCAUUCUAAUAGGCAUGUUACAGUAUCUUAUGCGAUUUUUAAUUUGCAUUUAUUGCUGGGCAUGGUGGCUCACACCUGUAAUCCUAGCACUCUGGGAGGCCCAGUCUGGAGGAUUGCUUGAGGUCAGGAGUUUGAGUUCUGCAUUUAUCUAAUGACUAAUGAUUUGGGACAUCUUAUAUGCUUAUGUUUCAUAUGCAUAUCUUUUUUGAUGAAGUAUCUGUUAAAAUCUUUUGUUUAUUUUAAAUGAGUUUGUUUUCUUAUUGAAUUUUGAGAAUUCUUUAUAUAUUUUGAAUGUGAGUCCCCAUUGAAUAGAUGAUUUAUAAAUAUUUUCUUCUCAUCUGUAUUUGUUCUUUGCUGCUAACCUUUAAUUUUUAUGGUUAUUUUAAAAGUCCUACACUCAGGCCCUCCAUUGGAUCUACCACUAUUCUCUUCUUCACUCAGUAUGUUUACAGAGCUUCUUGGCUUUUUCAGACACACAGUGAGGGGCUAUGAAGAUGAAAAGGACCAUUGUCCUCUUAACAAGGAGCCUUUAGGAGGUUGGAAAGAGAAUCCAGAGAAUACUACAAGAUGUACCUCAGAAACUAUGUUUCAUUGUGAAGAAGUUUAAACAGAUCUAUCUAAAGUGACAGAACAUUCAUAGUAUAUCCGCUGGUUGAGUGUGAACAGAGAGGGAAUGUGUGCACCAUGUUAAAGAGGAGCUGACAGCAGCAAAGAUUAUAACGCUGUGAUGACUGGGGACUUGAUACCAUGAGACAAAUCCAGGUGUUUGAAGAUGAGCCAGCUCGCAUCAAGUGCCCACUCUUUGAACACUUCCUGAAAUAUAACUACAGCACAGCCCAUUCAGCUGGCCUUACUCUCAUCUGGUAUUGGACUAGGCAGGACCGGGACCUCGAGGAGCCAAUUAACUUCCGCCUCCCUGAGAACCGCAUUAGUAAAGAGAAAGAUGUGCUCUGGUUCCGGCCCACCCUCCUCAAUGACACUGGCAACUAUACCUGCAUGUUAAGGAACACCACAUACUGCAGCAAAGUUGCAUUUCCCCUGGAAGUUGUUCAAAAAGACAGCUGUUUCAAUUCCCCCAUGAAACUUCCAGUAUAUAGACUGUAUAUAGAAUAUGGUAUUCAGAACAUCACAUGUCCAGAUGUAGAUGGAUUUUUUCCUUCCAGUGUCAAACCUUCCAUCACUUGGUAUAUGGGCUGUUAUAAAAUACAGAAUUUUAAUAAUGUAAUACCUGAAGGUAUGAACUUGAGUUUUCUCAUUGCCUUAAUUUCAAAUAAUGGAAAUUACACAUGUGUUGUCACAUAUCCAGAAAAUGGACGUACUUUCCAUCUCACCAGGACUCUGACUGUGAAGGUGGUAGGCUCUCCAAAAGAUGCAAUGCCCCCCCAGAUCCAUUCACCCAAUGAUCAUGUGGUCUAUGAGAAAGAACCAGGUGAGGAGCUACUCAUCCCCUGUAAGGUCUAUUUUAGUUUCCUAAAGGACUCUCGCAAUGAGGUUUGGUGGACCAUUGAUGGAAAAAAGCCGGAUGACAUCUCUGUUGAUGUAACCAUUAAUGAAAGUAUAAGUCACACUAGAACAGAAGAUGAAACAAGAACUCAGACUUUGAGCAUCAAGAAAGUUACCUCUGAGGACCUCAAGCGCACCUACGUCUGUCAUGCUAGAAAUGCCAAAGGGGAAGUUGACAAAGCUGCCAAGGUGCAACAGAAAGUGGUAGCUCCAAGAUACACAGUGGAACUGGCAUGUGGUUUUGGAGCCACAGUCUUGCUAGUGGUGAUUCUCAUUGUUGUUUACCACGUUUAUUGGCUAGAGAUGGUCCUAUUUUACCGGGCUCAUUUUGGAACAGAUGAAACCAUUUUGGAUGGGAAGGAGUAUGAUAUUUAUGUGUCCUAUGCAAGGAAUGCUGAGGAAGAGGAAUUUGUAUUACUGACCCUCCGUGGAGUUUUGGAAAAUGAAUUUGGUUACAAGCUGUGCAUCUUUGACCGAGACAGUCUGCCUGGGGGAAAUACAGUGGAAGCAGUUUUUGAUUUUAUUCAGAGGAGCCGAAGGAUGAUUGUUGUCCUGAGCCCAGACUAUGUAACAGAAAAAAGCAUCAGCAUGUUGGAGUUUAAACUGGGUGUCAUGUGCCAGAAUGCCAUUUCCACCAAGCUCAUUGUGGUUGAGUACCGUCCCCUUGAGCAUCCACACCCAGGCAUCCUUCAGCUGAAGGAGUCUGUGUCUUUUGUGAGCUGGAAGGGAGAAAAGUCUAAACAUCCUGGCUCCAAAUUCUGGAAAGCCUUGAGGUUGGCUCUUCCCCUGAGAAGUCUGAGUGCCAGUUCUGGCUGGAAUGAGAGCUGCUCUUCCCAGUCUGACAUCAGUCUGGACCACGUUCAGAGGAGGAGAAGUCGUUUGAAGGAGCCCCCAGAACUCCAGAGCUCAGGGAGGGCUGCAGGUUCCCCCCCAGCCCCAGGCACAAUGUCCAAGCACCGAGGGAAGCCCUCUGCAGCCUGCCGCUGUUGUGUCACCUACUGUGAAGGAGAAAGCCACCUGAGAAGCAAGAGUCGAGCAGAGAUUCAUAACCAGCCCCAGUGGGAGACACACCUCUGUAAGCCUGUUCCCCAAGAGUCAGAAAAUCAGUGGAUACAGAAUGGCACCAGAUUGGAGCCCCCUGCUCCCCAGAUCUCAGCCCUUGCUCUUCACCAUUUCACGGAUUUAUCCAAUAACAAUGACUUUUAUAUCCUAUAAUUCCUGCUUGUGGUGGGUGGUGGCUUCUAUCUCUAGAAACUCUCUUUAUGUCAUGAACCUGUGGGAGUAACUGAUAUUUUUAUCAUCUAAUGGACUAUCAGAUUUUUGUCCCCUUUAUUGAUUUUUAAAAACUAUUUAUUUCUAGGAGACAAAAGACCUGAAGGACCAGAAUCCAGAAUUAUUGCCUCUAAUGGCCUCAGAAGAGCACACUCUUCUUGGGCCCUAGAAGGCUCUGAUUUACUCCAUCCAAGGACUACGAAUCAUCAUUUUAACAAGGUGUUUGCAGGCAAUAGAUGAAAAUGUAGGGCAUGUUUAGCCCUUGAGGUUGCCUUAGCACAAGGAGAUUGUUGAAUAGAGUGGUCAGUAGAGUGUAUUUAUAAUAUAUGAAAUAUCAAACACUGAUGUUUGGAACCUGGUGGGGUUGCUGUAGUCAUCGUAUGUAUUAAUCAGAAUAAGAUAAGCUGUGUUCUGCUAAGAAAUAACCCCAAUAUUUCAAUAGUUUCAUAUAACAAAGCUUAUUUCUUGUUUAUGCCACAUUUCCAGCUUAGGAGCUCACUUUUUUUAGCUUUGCCAUCUGAAAUGUGUGGCUUCCUGUUGUUCUGUGCUUCAGCUGAAAUAUGACACUCAUUACUUUCACUUACAAUUCAUUAGUCAGAACUAGCUCCAAGGUAUAUAGUCAUAGAAAAUACUAAAAAAUGUAGUCUUCCUGUGUCCCCAGAAAGAGAAAAGUGAAAUGAACUUGGUCACCACAUGGCAUCACCUUUGUCUACGCAUGAGAUGAGAAUGAGAUAUUGAGAUAACCUGAAGAGGCAAGAGACCUUCCAACUGAGAUUAUGUCACAUGCUUUGAUCAUGAACAAUUAGAAGAACUCUGUUGCCAACAUCGACCUCAGUUUGCCAAGGUAUCAAGAUAAAACAGCAUGCAGAAAAGAGUAGACCUUGUUCAUAAAUGUUCCUGAAAGAAAUGUUGUUCAAGGAAUGCAUAAUAAUCAUCACAGCUUCCGGUUAGGAGGAAUUAGGCUUAAAAUUUUGGAGGUUAUUGUAUUUGGUUACUUUCCAUUCAGUGGCUUUAGUUGGUUCUCUAAGAAUGUAAUGCUCAAACUAUCUACAAAUGAGCCAUUUCACUUUGGAUAUCCAAGGAGCCUCAGAAGAAUUGAAGACAUUUAGAACACAGCAGAGCAUGUAACACAGUCAUUAUAAAGCAUCACUUGAUCCAUUUAUCUGAAGAGCUGAAUAGGGAAUUCAAAAUGAACAUGCAAAAGCUCAAAGGAAGGAAGAGACAAAUGCUAGUGUGAGUAUUAUGAAGUCUGCUGCAAUCUGCUUUCUCUAUGAUUUGGAUUCCCUGUUUGUAUUAAAGAUUUGAAUUUUUAUAUGA